CAAGUAAGCACACCGAUUUGAGUCUUCGGCUCCUAUUACUACUACAUCGGAUAACAACGCUGGCCAAACCUGACACGACCGCAUCUGAACGCGCAUUGGACACGAAAAACAGGCCUGGUGUGGCCGCGCAUCGUUCACAUCAUGUCCGCAGAGCAGUCGCCGGCGGCAGAGCGCUUUGGAGAUGAAGACGAAGUACUAGGAAAAGACGGCACAACUGGCGCGACCGGCGACAUGAACGACGACGACGAUGACGACGAUGUGCAGACGUCGCGGCGAAAAGUGCCAGCGGUGCAGCCAGUCGGAAGCGACGAUGAUGAGGGCGGUGAUGACUUGUUCGGCGACAACGACGGGCACGGUGAUGCUGGAGAUGGGCCAGGGGAGAAGCCUAUACGCGGUCUGGAUGAUGAGGAGCUCGAUUCCGGCGACGACGAAGGCAGACAAGAUCGACAGACCCAGGAAGAGGCGCAGGAGCAGUAUGAGGAGCGCGAAAUGCUUUCAAUGGACAUGGAAGUCGCACGGCAGCCUGUACCAGAGCCUAGCGAUGGCGAGAUGUACCUGCUCAAGGUGCCGGAAUUCAUGUCCAUUGAGCCUGAAGCCUGGCAGAAUACCACAUUCCAGCCGCCAAAGACCGAUCAUCACUCGAGAAAGCCAGCAUCUGCCACCUUCUCAGCUUUCAACACCGCAAUGACCACCAUCCGAUGGCGGCAUUCCCCCUCAGACCCGUCGAUCCUCCAGUCAAAUGCACGCAUAAACCGCUGGUCUGAUGGAUCGAUUACGCUGCAGCUAGCAUCUGAUCCUGCUACACAGUACGAGAUUGAUGGUAAUCCUCUGGCACCGCCCCAGAGAAAUCCCAUCAAACCGACUCCAACGAGCGUCACGGGAGGUACCAAAGGCGGCAGACAAGGACAACCGCUGGACGAGAAGUACGACCCUAAAAAGGACGCUUUCACAUACCUUGUUGCGCCGGUGCAAGAGGCAGAGGCGCUUCGAGUGACACACAAAAUUACCGCUGGCUUGUCUAUCAAGCAGACUGAGAAUGUCAAAGAUGAUGCCAUUGAGCGACUGCAAGCUGCGCUCGCCUCAGCAGCGAACGCAACCAAAGUCGCAGGCGCUACCGGUCAGCUCGAGGCUACAGAGGUGGAUCCAGAACUACAGCGUCUCGAAGCGGAGAAGGCAGAGAAGCAAGCCUUGCGUGACAGAAAGCGACGCGAGAACGCUCAAGAGCGCGAGCGAUUACGAACAGACAGAGCCCUCGGUCGUGCUGGUCUGUCUUCUGGUCGAUAUGGUGGCCUCAAUGUUGGCAUGCUCGAAGAUGACGAGGAAGGCGGCAUCGAUCGUGGCCGACCAUCAGCCGGCAAACCUCGCGCUAAGCCGCGAAGAAGGAGGAAUAGCGAGUAUAGUGACGACGAAGAUUUCGGUCGUAAGCGCUUCACAAGAGAAGACAGCUACGACCAAGAAGAUGACUUCGUGGCGCCCAGUGACGAAGAGGAAGUGGUCGAGGAUGACGAGGAUCCAGAUGAUGGCAUUGUUGAACAAGCGAGAGAAAAGCGAAGACCCGCGCCAGCACUAUCGGCGGAGAACAGCGGUCUGGGCGAUGAUGCAGAUGCCGACGGCGAGAUUGAUGAUGACAUUCCGCAGCAGCAAAGAACCAAGAGACGUCGUGUCGUGGACGAUGAUGACGAAGAGUAAACGCAUCGAAUUUGCAUAGCGAUGGUUGGCAUUGGCGAGGAGUUGGCUGUAAUAUACAUACAUCGCGAGCCCGAGCUGAAAACGCUCCGAGAAUACCACCAAAAGUCCCAGCGUUACCUUGGAGCCGCGUGGAACAUUUCGCUCAUUGAAGGCACAUCGUGACCGAGCUCAAGGGCCGGAGGGAAAAGAUCUUUUCGCACUUGAGCGCGCUUUUACUGCAUGCAUUACGACUACUGAACGAAACGACUUACUGAUGGUGGGAUUCG